AUGGCAUCGUAUUCUCCAGGGUUUGUUAGCCUUUUAACAAGCCAAAAUGGAGAAUUUAGCACUCCAGGGUUUGUGAACCUCUCAGGUUCUGAAUCCAUAGACCUCGAGUCAUCUGAUCUUCCAGCUUUUAGCAGCCAAUCCUCAGAAGCAUCUACUGUCAAGGAGAAGAAGAAAUGGUCUCCGAAGGAGGAUGUUAUUCUCAUAAGCGCUUGGCUCAACACCAGCAAGGAUCCAAUAGUAGGGAAUGAGCAAAAGGAGCUAGGUCAAUGCAAGCAAAGGUGGGGAAGGCUUAAUGACCUAGUCUGCAAAUUCUGUGGUUGCUAUGAUGCGGCAUUGAGGGACCAAUCAAGCGGUGAGAAUGACAAUGAUGUGAUGAAGAAGGCACUAGACAUGUUCUUCAAUGACCAUGGUUGUAAAUUCACUCUAGAGCAUGCCUGGAGAGAGCUUAGGCAUGACCAGAAAUGGGCCUCUGCGUAUAAGGCUAAGGAUAGUUCUAACGUGAAGCGGAAGACGGUUGGUGGUGAUGUUCAAGGUGAUGAGGAGGUUACUGGUGCUAGGCCUCCGGGUAUCAAAGCUGCUAAAGCGGCUAAGAAAAAGAAGGGUGUUCAAGAGGAGUCUAACCAGACAGAGUUAAGAACAGUGUUGGAGAUGAAAGAUAAACUAAACAAGCAGAAGUUGCUGGAGAAGUUGCUUGAGAAGCCUGACCCUCUAUCUGAGAUGGAAAUGUCCCAAAAACUUAAAUUGAUUUCGGAAAUGUUAGGAUAA